CUCUUUGUCCUCUAAUACUACUACUGCUUCCGCUUCAAUGGCGGCCUCAGCACGAAUCGCUAUCGUCGGAGACGUCCAUGAUGAUUGGAAUCUAGAAGAAGAUACAAAGGCACUUCAAUAUCUGCAGCCAGAUUUGGUGCUGUUCACAGGCAGGUUUUCUUUCUCUCACCUUUAACAUAUCUGAUGCCAUUGGCUGGCCUUCAUUUACUUAAUUUGUGGAGCCUACACAAUCAUUUUCACUUGUUUUAAAUGUUGAGGUAAACAUCAAGGAAACUUCUAAAAGGCAUCUAGGUCCAUGCCGCAAAGCAAACUUUUUCGCUCUUCUCAGCACAGCUGAUGCAUUAUAGACAUGUUCAAUAAAUUUGACAUCAGAUUUAUGGAGAGUGAGCCUAUUAUUGGCCAUGGUCAAGUUAUAAUGAGUGAUUUUGGUGAUGAGAAUGCUGAGCUCGUCCAAAGUGUUGCAGAUGUAAAAUUUCCUAAAGCAGUCAUCUUAGGAAAUCACGACUCCUGGCAUACUCAUGAGUUCUCUAAAAAGGAAAAGGAUGCUGUUCAACUUCAACUGGAAUGUCUUGGUGAAGAGCAUGUAGGUUACAGGCGUCUGGAUUUCCCAACGCUAAAACUUAGUGUUGUUGGUGGCCGGCCAUUUUCUUGUGGUGGUAAGCAGCUGUUCCGGAAAAAGCUUUUAUCUGCAAGAUAUAGAGUGCAAGACAUGGAUGGAAGUGCUAUGAGGAUCUAUCAUACUGCUUUGGGCACUCCAGAAGAUCAUCUUGCUAUAUUUCUUGGACAUAAUGGGCCAACAGGUCUUGGUUCUAAUAUUGAUGACAUCUGUGGAAAAGAUUGGGUGUCUGGAGGUGGUGAUCAUGGUGAUCCAGAUCUAGCACAAGCCAUUGCCCACUUAAAAGAGACUGCCAAAGUGAAUGUCCCUCUGGUUGUGUUUGGUCACAUGCAUAAAGAGCUGGCUUAUGGAAAUGGUCUUCGGAAAAUGAUUGUUGUCGGUGCUGACAAGACUAUAUACCUAAAUGGUGCAAUUGUUCCCAGAGUCACUAGAAUUGAUGGUGAACAAGGCACAAGGAGAGCAUUUACUUUAGUUGAGAUUCUUCAAGGGAGAGUAGAUAAAAUUGCAGAAGCUUGGGUUUCUGUUGCCGGAGACGCAACCUCAGUUGAGGAGGAGCUAAUAUUAUUUAAAUCCAGCAACUAACAGUUAUCAUGGAAUCUUAAGACUCUAGUGAGUUACCUAAGGUGUUCAGAACCCAAGCUGUCUCGUUCGAGUCGUCUAUUGUAAUCCUGAUGUGUGUAUACUUGCUUGUCACCAAUUCUCAUCUAAAUAAAGUGUUAAGCCUUUUGCUUCUACAAA